CUUAUAAAGCCUUAUCAAGGAGUCUUGUGCAGACACUCAGCCUGGGACGUGGAACGCUGCAGUGAAUAUAACCAGAUCACUAAAAGUGUGCCAGAAGGUCAUCUUGUUUUUGAGUUUAAACGAUUAUGAUGCUGAACACAGCCAUCUUCAGCUGGUUUUUGAUUAAUGUUGUGGUGAUGGCAUCACAUUCACACCUAAGGCGUAGUGAACACUCUUUUGCUCUUUCUGACACAGACGUACUACCUAUACUGGAGCACCUAGAAAGAAACUCUGCAGAAGAAAAACUGCUAGAAGACCUUGGAUCCUAUGAUGAGGAUCUGGGUAAAGCUGCACGGCUUCAGAGAAGAGGCACCCGUUCCCCCAGCCGCUGUAUCCCUCAUCAGCAGUCCUGCCUGGGCCACCACCUGCCCUGCUGCAACCCCUGCGAUACGUGUUACUGCCGUUUCUUUAAAGCCUUCUGUUACUGCCGUAGCAUGGACCACACUUGCAAAAACUAAUAUGCAUAGAGCCAAAUUCUACCCUGAAAUGGCUAUGGUGGCUUAACAUUUACAGUUUAUACAGCUAUAGCAUGUACAGUAUGUGGAUAGCGCAAACAUACA